AUGGCUGACGAACGCGAUUUCGCUUUGCCCCCCGGGUCCAACGAGGCCAGUUCCUCUGUGGACGCUGUUCCUCCCUCCGGAGUCCCUCACCAUGCCUCAACCCCUACCCUCCGUUCUACUCCUCGCGAUCGCGAUCCAUCCACCGGCAUGUCCGCCUCAUCCACACACCUGGGUCAGAUCAACGCGGCGCGGCGUGCUCCUAGCACCCCGCCCCGCCCACAACCCUCUAUGAGCGGGCAACCAGUGGGCGGACUGAACCAGGAUAUCAUGGCCAAAAUGAAGGCAUUUUCCCUCUCCCGACAAGGCGCCAAGUUGCCACAUACUUCCUCGACCGGAACGAUACCCACCUCCCAAGAGACCGGCGCGGGAGGUGCGAUCGCCGGCCGCAUGCCACCCACUACCCGAGAUUGGGCCUCUUCACCCGCGAUCGCGCCGGUGGCCAAUACAGCAUCUCCGCGACCGAGUGGUUUGGCUGCCAAGCGUAUGAAACCUGGCCUCAAGCUAUCGGAUGUCACCGGACCCUCUCCCUCGACGCCGAACGCGAAUGCGAACGGUGCGGAGGAAAAGCCCGUAGAGCAGAACGGCGGAGAAUCAGCUUUCAGCAAAUACGCGGAGUUUAUUGAUACCAAAGCCGGCACCUUGAACUUCAAGAACAAAGCCCUCCUGCACGGCGGCGGUGUCGAGUUCUCCUCCGGUCAUAGUUUCAAGAUAUCUCUGGAUGAAGUCGACCGCAUAGAUGAGUUGGGCAAAGGCAACUAUGGUACAGUUUACAAGGUCCGACAUAGUCGACCGAAACUGCGGAAACCGGGCAUGGGUUUAGGCGGUAUCGUCAGUCGACCAUCCGGCGACGACUCCAGCCCAGACAACCUUACCAGCGAUCUGUCUGGUGUGAUCAUGGCAAUGAAAGAAAUUCGGCUGGAGUUGGACGAGGCCAAAUUCGCACAAAUUAUCAUGGAGUUAGACAUCUUGCAUCGUUGCGUCUCCCCAUUUAUCAUUGAUUUCUACGGCGCUUUCUUCCAAGAAGGCGCGGUCUACAUGUGUGUCGAAUUCAUGGACGGUGGUUCGAUCGACAAAAUCUACGAAGGUGGUGUGCCUGAGAAUAUUCUCCGCAAGGUUACACUGUCCACCAUCAUGGGCUUGAAGGCGCUCAAGGAAGAACAUAAUAUCAUUCAUCGCGAUGUCAAGCCGACCAACAUCUUGGUCAACAGCAAGGGUCAAGUCAAGAUUUGCGACUUCGGAGUCAGUGGAAACCUGGUUGCCAGUAUCGCCAAGACCAAUAUUGGAUGCCAGAGCUACAUGGCACCGGAGCGAAUUGCGGGCGGUGGUAUGCAACAAUCGGGAGCACCUAGUGCUGGGACGUAUAGCGUGCAGAGCGAUAUUUGGAGUCUGGGAUUGUCGAUUAUUGAAUGCGCCAUGGGACGUUAUCCCUACCCGCCGGAGACGUUUACCAACAUUUUCAGCCAGCUUCACGCAAUCGUUCACGGUGACCCUCCCACUCUUCCGGAACCCGGCUUUUCAGAGGAUGCCCACGCAUUUGUUCGAGCUUGUCUCGACAAGGUCCCGAAAAACCGCCCAUCUUACAACAUGUUACUUCGACACCCAUGGCUCGCACCUCUCAUGCAGCCCCCGACCGAAGCUGAAGACCAGGAGGCACCCCAGCCGUCUGAGAACGCGGCUGGAGGGAUUUCAUCCUCAUAUAUGACCGAAGACAAGGAAGUCGCUGAAUGGGUCCACAAGCAACUCAAACUCCGCGAGAGCGGCCAUUUGCAAUCGGCAGAUAAGCCCGCUCUUCACGCCGUGGCCCUGGAUAAGGUUGCCACGAGCCCGGUUGCCAACGAUCCCAAUACUUCGGCACAGACAGACUGA